UGUUUUCUGUUUCUGUAGGGAAGAAAUCCUUUCUUUCAGAGCUUCCAUUUGUAAACAUUAGGUCCUGCCAUUGCCCUUCUGUUUUCUUACUGGAUUCUUGAACUUUAAACUUUGGUCAUUCAGUAACUUCACGCAAGAGCUAGCUGCUAAGCAGGCGAAAUCCAGUUAACUGUUCCAAGGGAACCAAAAUGGGAACUCACAACUACUGGACAAUAUGGGUUCUCUUCCUUGCAUUCAUUUUUCAUCAGGCAGAAUCAGCAGUGUUUCUGUCGGCCAGGGAUGCAAAUCAAGUUGUUGCAAGGUCUAAGCGUGCCAGAUUCGUGUAUUUCGAAGAGUUCCUCCAAGGUAAUUUGGAAAGAGAAUGCCUUGAAGAAAGGUGCACAUACGAAGAGGCUAGAGAAGUAUUUGAAGACAUUGAGAAAACUGACAAGUUUUGGAAUGGCUACUUUGAUGGUACACCAUGUUCCUCCAACCCCUGCCUGCAUAAUGGCGUAUGCAAGGACAGCAUCCGAAGCUACACAUGUGAUUGUAGAGAUGGCUUUGAAGGAGCCAACUGUGCUUUUGCUAAAAAUGAGUGCCGCCAUGAAAUAAACGAGGGUUGCCAGCACUUCUGCUAUCCAGAACUGAUGUCGUACCGCUGUUCGUGCGCAAAAGCCUAUGAACUUGGGAAAGAUGCUAAAUCAUGCCUUCCCCAAGAUCAGUGUGCAUGCGGCAGACAUAAAGACCACUUGCCAGAGCAGCUGGAUACAACCGAAACAAUCCAGAGAGGAUUCCCUUGGCAGGUCCUGCUCUUGAACUCAGAAGGAGAAUGGUUCUGUGGUGGUGUUCUACUGAAAACUAACUUUGUCUUGACUACAGCUGAAUGUGCACGGCUGACUCCCGUCAACGCUGUGAUUGGAAUCAACAGGCUGCAAAGAGCUAGGCAAGAAAUACCCGUGAAACAGAUAAAUAUACACAUCCGCUAUGAUAGCAACACCGGUGAGAACAACUUGGCUUUGCUCGAACUCGAACAGCACAUUGGCUGCAGCAGCCACCACCUGCCCAUAUGCAUCCCAGAGAGGGAUUUUGCGGAGCACGUGCUGAUUUCAGAACGGGAGGCCACUCUCAGUGGCUGGAAAGCUGAUGGAAAUAACUCCACAGGUUCAACGGCAGAGCUGUCAGUUUCGUACCUCAACGGAGACGAAUGCAAGCAAAUCCUCAACAGGACACUGAUAACAAGGGAAUUCUGUGGCUAUAGUCGUGAAGUAUCAGGAGAACUACUGGCUAGAGGUAGCUUUAGUGCUGUUGACUAUAAAGGCACUUGGUUUCUGACAGGUGUUUUAGAACCAUGGGCAACAGAAGCAACUAAGUGGGAAACACUUAUAUUCACUAAGACGACACGAUACAUGAUGUGGUUUAAGCAAAAAAUGGACUAAUUGAAAGCAAGGGCAGAGGAAUAUGUGGAAUGGCAAGGCCCAGCAUUUGUAUGUAUUUGUGUAGUUGUAAAAAUUAGGUGCACUUAACUGUUGAAAAUAAAACUUUUUGCCCUGACCUAUGCAUUUUAACAGAACACAUUACUAAUGUCAUUAAAAAAAUAAUAAUGUAGCUUUAUUUACACAGUACUAGCUGGUCCUGAGUUAUUGUAACUGUUGGUGCCUUUUGAUUUCCAUGGCUACAUUUGCAUGAGUUUUAGCAAGCAAGGCUGCGCCUGUAUGCCAGGAUUUCAGAUAACACUUCAAGACGUUGUCCUACAUGCUAUCUUGCAGGGGCAAUGAAAGCCCAUCUGCGUAUAAAUGUCACCUGAAUAGAUUGAUAAAACUAUGGUGUAAAAU